AAAAAUUGUAUGAAACGACUAAAGUUGGAGAGUUAUUGAAUGAAUUGACAUGGUAACAGCAAUAUGUUAUUUUAUUGUAAGAUGAAAGUUGAGACCUAAAAGGAGAAGAUAGAUGAUGAUGAUGAUGCGGUGUGGAAAUGGCGCAAGUGGAGUGCUAUUCAUGCCAUCAUGCUUUUGCUCCUGUUGGAAAUGGAAACUCUAUCCUCCUCCUCCUACAACGGAAUUGGUUUCGCAGAAACGCAAUCGGCGUCGGAGUGUGAAGGUGUUUUGUCAAAAAAGGGAAAAUGUUAAUUCUUCUUAUGACUUCGAUCCCGAGCUACGCUCCGCUCUUGAACUUGCUACUGACUCUGAGUUAUGUGAAAUUCAAACCAUCCUUUUCGGCCCAAGCUACUUGAGUCCUUUGCUCAAAUCCAUCACAUUAACAACUGCAACAACAACUACCCUCGACGAACAUGACAUUCAACUGCGCCAACAAUUUAUAGCCACACUCGAGUCACGCUUUUUCUACUUAGCAGCUGAUGCACGCUCAACAUUAAGGGGUUGGAGACCGACUUAUAGAAAUGUCUUGCUUCACCUAAGGAAUAAAUUCAAUAUUCCUUGCUCAACCAAACUCUCUACUCACGACCUUGAACUUGAAAUAUUCCUCCACCUUUUACACUAUAACUCUAAUCAAGAAUCAGGAAACCAUACACCCUUAUUGGAUGUAUCCACCCAGUCUGAUGCUCAGGGAACUCUACAGCUUGGACUCAAUCAAUGGAAAAUGCACUCAAAAGUCGGAACACAAGACUUUCAAUCUCUUCUUUUCAAGGGAGGUGGUAUACUUACAUUGGCAAAGAUCUAUCAAUUGUUGGCGGGGAAAUUAUCUGGAAAAAUGCUUGGAGAAGCUGCUAAUUACCAGGUUAAGAAAGAGUUGUUGAAGAAGGGUGGGCAGUUCGCUUUGAUCAAUUUAGAAUCCAGAACUGCUUUGCUUGCAGCAAAAAAGGGUUUUAUUGGUGCUGCAUCAAGAUAUCUGGGUUUUAGAAGCAUGCUCACAUUACUUGGACCUGUGCUUUGGGGAACAUUUCUGGCCGAUCUGGUUAUUCAAAUGCUGGGAACAGAUUAUGCUAGAAUCUUGCGAACAAUUUAUGCUUUAGCUCAGAUUCGUGUCAUCCGCACAUAUAAGUUGCCAUCUGAUAUUGCCGAGGAAUAGCCAAGUGGUUGGAUUUUGAGCUCGUUCAAAAUUUUGAAGGAUCAAUUAAGUCAUUCCUCUUAAUAUCUCCAUAUUGCUCUUUAUGCAUAUAUAUUGGCUGCUCAAUUCUUCUAAAUAUUGAUUGGUCUUUAGUAAAUAAUUCAAAGAUGGGGAAUACUUAAUUUUAUAUUCUAUAAUGCUAUAAUUUGUGUUGAAUUAAAAGUAUUGUUUAGAUUAAAUUAGAGUUUUAGAUUAACUUA